AUGUCUUCACAGGACUCGUCAUUUUCAUCGACGGUGGCAGCCACAAAUAAGAAUCUGAGUCGGUUAUCGAAAACAGUGGCGUCGACCGCAACAACACUCAUGACUUCGUCGUACGGUGAUCUCACAAAUACACAUUAUCAAUCAGCUAUGAAAGACAUAGCCCGACAACCAGCAUAUCAAAAACGUCUCUUUGCAUUCAAUACUCGACGAGCUCCGUCUGAAUUUGUCAAGACAUCGCUAUCGAGGAGCGAGAUCCAGUAUCGUGCAGUAACAAGCAUUCCGGAAGAGCUUCUUCACAAUAUUCCUACUGCCGAUGAUAACAAAUUCUCGUUAUUUCAAGGGUUCCAGGCUACUACCGAAGAAAUUAGCAGCCAGGAUAAGGAUAUAGGGACCUCAUCAAAGCUGUUAAAGGGAAAAGAAUCAAGCCGUAUACCAUCGUCUCAGCCUUUAUCGGUUCAACGAAAUAUUAUUAAUCAUCAUUUAGAUAUUUUGGAGAUUCGCAAAGAUCUGGCUGCUAAUGAAAUAAAAGAAAUCGAUCAGCGAAUCGCGCAUCUCAAUUCGACUCGAAUGAUUGUUUUUGAAAGGAUAGCUGAGUUGGAGCAGGAAGAACUGAAAUUAGAAGCUGAACUCGAACAACUGUCUAUAAAGUUAGAAAAAGAAGAGAACAAAGAUCACGCGGCCAGAGUUUCUAGUGAGAGUGGUAGUUCAAAGCUUGAUUCCACAAGCAUUGGUAUAUCGACACCAAAAGAAACCAGUUCAGAUGAUAACGGCUGGUCGGAUUUGGCUGCUGAGUCGCCAUCUACACAACAGGCAUCUUCUACAUCACCAGCCGACCGCAGUUUUGCAUCUAAUUCCCAGGAAGAGGCUGUUGUAGUUGAUUCACCACUUCUCUCUCAAAGCAUAUAUGGCAAACUUCAAAAUGAGACUGCCAGUACCAAGAAAAAUAGAAAUAUUCGCCGACGAAACUCGCUUUCCAGGCGGAAAACAAUGCCCACUCUUCAACAAUUCUAUGCUCCAGGAAAAAACAUUCGCACUAUUGAAGCCCAUUCUGAUUCAAUCACGGCUGUAGACUUUGAUAUUCCGUUCGGUACAAUGGUUUCGGCCUCUAUAGACGACUCGGUUCUUGUGUGGGAUCUGAGUAAAGGAAAAGCUAUCCGUGAACUAGAUGGCCACAAAGCAUCUGUCAAAUGUUUACAAAUGGAAAACAAUCUGGUUGCUACUGGAUCCGCUGAUGCUACUGUAAAGCUGUGGGACUUAACUGGAGGAGACGAGGAACCUGCUGUAGAGGAAGAUGAUUAUAUUCCUAAUGGCGAUAACUGCUAUGUUGAAACAUUCGCAGCACAUGUAGGGGAAAUCACUGCCCUAAACUUUUCUGACAAUACACUCGUGACCGGAUCGGCCGAUAAAACCAUUCGUCAAUGGGAUAUCCAGACAGGACGAUGCUUGCAGACAUUGGAUGUGCUAUGGGCAUCUGCACAAUCUUCAGCAGCGAGUGCUUUUGGCGGGUUUGAUGAUACCCGAUGGAGAAGAAAGACUAUGGUACCUGGAGCCGGUGGAGAAGUUUCUGCUGAGUAUGACUUUGUGGGUGCUCUCCAAUGUUUUGAUGCUGCUCUUGCAACUGGUACUGCAGAUGGUAUUGUCAGACUUUGGGAUCUUCGAACUGGUCAGGUUCACCGGUCGCUAUUGGGUCACACCGGUCCUGUUACAUGCCUACAAUUUGAUGAUGUGCAUCUUGCUACUGGCAGUUUAGACAGAAGCAUCCGUAUUUGGGAUCUGAGAACCGGUAGCAUUUUCGAUGCUUUUGCAUACGAGUCUCCUAUAACUUCACUUCACUUUGAUACCAGAAGAAUUGUAUCUGCUAACAGUGAAAAUACUGUCAAGAUCUACGACCGUGAAGUUGAAAGACAUUGGACCUGUGGUGCUGGAGAAGAGGACUCAACCGCUUCUGUCAUCAACAGUGUACGUUACCGGGAAGGAUACUUGAUAGAAGGAAGAGAAGAUGGAAAAAUCGGUGUUUGGGCUUGCUAG